CAGACCCGCGAGCCACUGCAGACCCUCAUGAUGAGUUCAUAUUUUUUGUGGCCCCCACCCCAAUUAAAGUUGCCCAUCACUGAUGUAGAUAAUCAUUUCAUCACAUUGUGGGUAUCUGUGCCAAAGCUUUAUAAAUUAUUUAAUUAGCUAAAAUAAUAUGAAUGCAUAUUGUGACAAGACUAUUGAUAUGUUGCAUAUCAAAUGGCCACACGGUAGAAUCAUAUAAUAGUGUUCCUCUUGCUACGCCUAAUUACAUAUCUUACAUAUCCUACAUAUCUGUCAUGAUAUGGAAAGAUAUUGGCUUUAAAAUUACUACAUGUCAGGACUUCUUGAAAAUAAAGAAGAGAUAACUUGCAAAGUAAAGUGAUAAUAAUGCUGACUACCACAGAGGGGCAGCAUUGCAGCUUCUUAAAUCACGGAAACUGUAACAUUAUUCUCACGCUUCACUGGAGAGCCCCAUAGCAUGAUAACCUGAUAUGCUCCAGUAUCAGUUUGGAUUCCAGGCUAAUAAUACGAGCCCACCGUACCAUAACAUCUGUUGCUAAUCACAACGUCCAAAAAAACAAACUUGAACAUGAUGUUAAAUUGAGAUUAUGAGAGAGCCAUUUGUUUAAAUAAAUUGAAUUUGCUGGAGGCAACAUGAUAGGACAACUUUCCCAACUCCUGUCCAGGUUUUCCAACUCCUGUCCACUCCAACACAGAGACUGCUUUUCUGCACAUAAUCAACAAAAUCAGCAAUCUCCUUUAAACAAAACAUUGUUAACAUGACAGCAGAUUUAAAAAAGUAUAUAUAUUUUAAACCUUUAUUUAACUAAGCAAGUCAGUUAAGAACAAAUUCUUAUUUACAGCCUACCACGGCCAAACCCUAACCCGGACAACGCUGAGCCAAUUGUGCGCCACACUAUGGGACUCACAAUCACGGCCGGUUGUGAUACAGCCUGGAAUCGAACCAGGGUCUGUAGUGAUGCCUCUAGCACUGAGAUGCAGUUCCUUAGACUGCUGAGCUACUCAGCUAAUAUGUUACAACAUCUUAAUUCAUGCAUAUACAUCAGAAAAGCUUACUGUGUUCUUGUACCACUUUGUGCUCCUGUCUGAUGUGCGUUGCUGGGUGGUCUAACCUGAUUGUAAAUAUAGAACACAGAUCUGCUGCCUGUGUGUGUUGAGAUGCUCCUUUUAGUCAAAUAUGAAGGACAUGAUCCCUGUCUGAAGGAUAUCUUGGGCAACAUCUCCAAGCCCCCCAACUGACAGCCAGCACCUCACAGCUCUGAGAGCACUACAGCUGAAAGCUCUCACUCCAUUGGAAAAUGACAGGACAGUAUUAGGCCUUAAUGUUUGUUCAUGGUAUUGGGAGAAUACACACACUCUAAAAUAAACACGUGUUUGUUUUUGUUUGUUCUCGAGGUCAGAGUGGUAGAAAAAAAAUGGCACAGGUGGCCUGGGGGAGGGGUGCGUGUCGGUAUGCAGAGGCCUGGCUGUCCCUCAUCCACAUGGAUAAGGCCUAUAGGAGGGGCGGUGUGAGACAGUGUGACGGAGUGAGGAGCAGAGCUCAGCAGAGAUGUGUCUCUUCUGAGAGCAGAGAGGGAUCUGUUUCUGAGUAGGGUUGUGUGUGGCUGACCAAGGUUACUGAGCUACUGCAGAACAGAGCAGAGCAAAUCGGGCUUCUUAUAUUUAGCCUUGCGACGUGCGCGCUACGGAUUAUGUCUUGGGCGUCUCGGGUUUCGCCUUCAGUACGUUUGUGGGUGUGGAGGGGGUCCGGUAACUGGUGGAAGGCCUCUCUUCAGGUGAGGAGGUGGUGGGUUACUGACAUUUAACCCCCUCUCAUUUUACGAACAUCUCACAGGCAACCUCUCUCUCUCUCUCCCACCCUCUUGAUUUCUUUACCUCUUUCUCACACCCUCACACAGGAAAAGGCUGUUUACGGUGACAUAGUCGUUUCCCAUUCUGGAAGGCUAUUUGGAGGGUACAGAUAGUAAGAAAAACAGUCGCAGAGGACAUAGCAGUGUUAGACUACAGCUUCUAAUCUGAUACAAGUAGAGAACACUAACUAGGUUUUUGCAAACCAUUGGAAGGACCUCAUUUUAGUGUGGAGGCACAUUGAGGUCAUAGUUCAAAAGUGGUCAUGGAUACACUGGCUUUAGAGGCGAAGGCAACUGGGCAAGAAAAGAAAAGUUCAGCCCCAAGACCAAGACCUAAACCACCCAAAAAGGCCAAAAGGAUUGUUUACUUUGAGGUAGAAAUUGUGGAUGCCAAGACAAAGGAGAAGCUACUACUCUUGGACAAAGUUGAGCCAACUUCUACUAUUUUGGAUAUUAAGGCUUUGUUCCACAAAUCAAAUCCCCAGUGGUACCCAGCCAGACAGUCCUUACGCCUGGAUCCUAAGGGUAAGUGUCUGAAGGAUGAGGACGUCUUGCAGACACUUCCUGUUGGAACCACGGCCAGCUUCUACUUCUCUGACCUGGGGGCCCAGAUCGCCUGGGGCACUGUCUUCCUAUCAGAGUGUUACGGACCCCUGCUCAUCUACUUGAUGUUCUACUUCCGCCUGCCUUUCAUCUAUGCCCCAAAGUAUGACUUUAGCAGCAGCAAGCACUGGGUUGUACAUUUGGCCUGCAUGUGUCACUCUUUCCACUAUGUGAAGAGAAUCCUUGAGACGCUGUUCAUCCACCGAAUCUCCCAUGGUACCAUGCCACUGAGAAACAUCUUCAAGAACUGCAGUUAUUACUGGUGUUUCGCAGCAUGGAUGGCCUAUUACAUCAACCACCCCCUCUAUACACCGCCCUACUAUGGGCAACAGCAAGUGAAGACAGCACUCAUAAUAUUCUUAUUCUGUCAGGUCGGCAACUUCUCCAUCAACAUCACUCUACGCAACCUCAAAUGUCCAGGUUCGAAGGUCAAGAAGAUCCCACACCCAACUAAGAAUCCAUUCACCUGGAUCUUCGCGUUGGUGUCUUGUCCCAACUAUACAUACGAGCUUGGGUCGUGGAUGGGCUUCACAGUGAUGACCCAGUGCUUGCCGGUGGCUUUCUUCACUAUCGUGGGCUUUGUCCUGAUGACGGUGUGGGCCAGGGGAAAGCACCGAAACUACCGCAAGGAGUUCCGUGACUACCCCACCCUGCGCUCCCCUAUACUGCCCUUCAUCCUUUAGUCAGAGAGGGGCUGGUCCCACACAUAACUUCACCCCUUUCAGCCCCACUGCAGUAUACAGCUGGUGCUUCUGACUGGGUAGGUUGGAAGGAGUCGUUGGAAUAGUUCAACUACACUGUGACUGGUUUUGGGGAGUUGAAAACCCCUUUUGAUGACUUAAAUGCAGAUGAGUCUUAAUCUGAUGUAAUGUGUACUACCGGUAUCUACUGUACAUGUCAAUGUGUGGAGGCACAAAUGAAUGGAAAAAAAUACACGUGUUUUACUAAAGUGGUGACUUAACUGUU